AUGGCAAGUUAUUCAGCUGUAUCACAUUUACCCAUCAGAAAACAAAGCGAAGAAACAAAUCCUGCGGUAGCUGUUGAAAAUAAAGAAAUAAACAAUGAACUCUCAGCACAGAUCGACGAAUUGUCGCAAGACGUAUCCUCGCUUACUGAACAACCUCAUAAUAUAAACCAAACAAUAUCCACGAUUCUUCUCAAAUUAAAUGAAAUUUGUCAUGAUUUGACCACUAGAGAACAUUAUUCUACUUCCUUGGCUUUUGUUAUUUUUAAUAAGAUCUUAAAAAUCUAUAUUCAAAUUCUUGAUCUUCAUCAAUUCGUCGAUGCGAUUCUACACUAUGAUCCAAAACGGCACGUUCAUUUGCUGCGUAAAUUACUCGAUAUCGAAAAUCACUAUGAUUUCGAUAAAUUAAUUCAACAAAUGUCACUCAGAGUUCAACGAGAACUAUUUUUCUCUUUAUUCAAACAGCUUGACUCAUCGGCAAAACUCAUUUCGUAUCUUCAAAACAAUUUAAACACAAAUUUAGAUCCCGAUCGAAUACUUAUUAAUUCUUGUAGUUCUGUAUUGUAUACUAUGUUGAAAGUGUUGAAUCGUAUUCAAAUAACCAUUACAGAUAAUGACUUAGAAAAAUAUCAAAAUCCCGUUUUAACAUCAAUUAUUAGAUUUAUGAAUGAUUAUUUCAAAAAUAAAGAACAUUUAAGAGUCAAUGAAAAAAAUAAUAAAAAAUUAAUGAAACAAAUAUUACUUUUCAUCGCAAAUUUGACUGUGAAAAUAUUAACGCUACGAAUAUUUAUUAAUAUUGAUUAUCCACAAAUAUGUUUAUCGUGGUUAUCAUUAUCGUAUUUGAAUGCUACCGGAUAUUUGCUCAUUAUCUCUACUUUAAAGGAUAUUGCAUGCCAUGACGACGGUGUAAUCGUUCUCAAUAAACUAAAUUGUGCAAAGAUCGUGCAUCAAUUCAAAAACGAAGCAUUACAUGUCCAUGUAGAUUUCAUUAUUGAUAAAAACAUGCGUGAACUCGUUUCUCAAAUGCUCGAUUUAAUUCUUGUCCUCAUCGUCGAUCCAGAUGUUCUUUUUGUUGAAGAAGUCAAUAGUGAUGCAAUUAAUCAAGUCUUAUCGACAACUAUAAAUACCUCAGCAUCUCUGAUAUUUCGAAACAAAUGGCUUCAUUUAUCAGAACUAUUAAUAGGCUUAAUGAAAUUAUGUGCGAAUGAUAACAUUUUGGAUUUUAUUCUUCAAAAAAAUGGAUGCCUGGGAUUUUUUCUAACAACUUUGCGAACACUUCUAUCAGACAUCGGGAAGAAAAAUAUCGAUGAUGUUGAUAUUGGUUUAGAAGUUUUAGCCAUUAUGGCUUUAGGAAAUAUUUUAUGGAGUAUUUCAUUUCAUGAUGGUUAUAAAAAUGAUCUAAUUCAAAAUAUUGAUUUAAUCAAACUACUCGAAGAAUUGCGUGAAAGUUAUACACUCAAUUAUACUUUAGCAUACAUUUAUAUACCUCAGCAAAUGUCAUCAUUAAAGAGAACAGCCGACGGUAUCCUACACAAUUUAUAUCUAUUAUUACCUUCGAAAUUAGAAAAUCAAUUUAACAGUAAUAGAAAAAUGACUUGUUCACUGACGAUUAGUUACUCUCAUGUUAAUAUUGAUUUCUGUCGACAGUUAUAUGAUAUCUUAAACGCUAUUCCUAAAUUAUCUAUCAGUGUUGAUUUUAAUACUGGUAAAUAUCUAUGGAAAGAUAUAGUAGAAACACUUGCGCAAGCGGAUGUUGUUGUUUUUCUUCUAUCAAAAGAUUUUUUCUACGAUAAAUCUUGUCGCCAGGAAUUAAUCUAUGUUACGGAUAAGUUGAAAAAACUAUUUAUUCCAAUUUUUAUCGAUCGGGAUUUUAAACCAACCGGUUGGCUACAUAAACGAAUAGCACGACUAAAAUCUAUUCGAUUUGAUAAAACAAAUCUUAUAGGUACAUGUGAAGAGUUACUAUCGAUGAUCAAUGAACAUCUUUAUAUGAACAUAUCUUUAGUGAGAAAUUCGUUAGAUAUCAAACAAUGGAGUGAUAAAGAAGUGAAAGAAUGGUUUAUGAAAAAUGAUAUUCUACCGGAAUUAGAUGAGUUUUAUCAAUUUCGAAAUGGAAAUGAAUUAUUGUUAUAUGCUAAAGCAAUAUUAGCAUAUCCAUGGAUAAAUGAAUAUGAAAGAAUAAGAACGAGAUUCGCGGAGAAAUUUCAACAGAAAAAUCAAAAUCUGACUCAAGAACAAUUUCUACAAUUUAUUAAUCAAUUACAAAUUUUAAACAAACAAGUUUAUUUCAAUUAA